GUGAGAGUGAACAACAACAGUCUAAAUGGCUCAGCAGGGAGUUCUGCUGGACCAGGACCAGUUCUGUUGUUCUGUCUGUCUGGAACUACUGAAGGAGCCGGUGGCUAUUCCCUGUGGACACAGUUACUGUAGAAGCUGUAUUGAGGGCUACUGGGAUCAGGAUGAUCAGGGCAUCUACAGCUGUCCUCAGUGCAAUCAGACCUUCACUCCAAGGCCUACUCUGGGGAAAAAUAACAUGCUGGCUGAGGUGGUGGAGACACUGAAGAAGACAGGACUCCAGGCUGCUCCCCCUGCUCUGUGCAAUGCUGGACCUGGAGAUGUGGCAUGUGAUUUCUGCACUGGGACCAGAAAGCAGAAAGCCCUCAUGUCCUGUCUGGUGUGUCUGGUGUCUUACUGUGAGACUCACCUCCAGCCUCACUAUGAUCUUCCUGUACUAAAGAAACACAAGCUGGUCAAAGCCACCGCACAACUACAGGAGAAGAUCUGUUCUCAUCAUGACCAACUGCUGGAGGUUUACUGUCGUACCGAUCAACAGUGGAUCUCGUAUCAAUGUAUGAUGGAUGAACAUAAAGGCCAUGAUACAGUGUCAGCUGCAGCAGAGAGGACUGAGAUACAGAGUCAGCUGGGAAUGAGUCAGCAGAAGCUCCAGCAGAGAGUCCAGGAGAGAGAGAAGGUGCUGAAGGAGCUCCAACAGGCUGUGGAGUCUCUCAAGCACUCUGCAAAUGCAGCAGUGGAUGACAGUGAGAGUAUCUUUACUGAGCUGAUCCGCUCCAUGGAGGAAAGGCGCUCUGAGGUGAAGGAGCUGAUCAGAGCCCAGGAGAAGGCUGAAGUGAGUCGAGCUGAAGGUCUACUGGAGCAACUGGAACAGGAGAUAGUUGAGCUGAGGAGGAGAGAUGUUGAGCUGGAGCAACUCUCACACACAGAGGAUCACAUCCAUUUCCUUCAGAGUUAUCAAUCUCUCUCAAGUCCCAGUGUAUCUUCAGACUUGCCCAGCAUCAUUGUCUGUCCUCUUCAGUACUUUGGAGAUGUGAAUAAGUCAGUGUCUGAGCUGAGAGUGAAAGUAGAAGACCUCCUUAAAGGAGAAUGGACCAAGAUCUCCACUACAGGGAUAGCAGGUCAUAACAACCACAGCUCCCAGAUGAAAGCUGCUCUGCAGCAAGACGACCCCAUGGAGGACAAGGACAGGGGUCAGGAGGUCAAACGCCGCCCAAGCAGCGAGUUCCCUGUUGGAAACCUGGUCGAUAUUGACAACACUCUGGUCGCCAAAUCACUGCACGGAGACAGUGAGAGAGAAAGGGAUGGAGAAAAGGGUGGGAAAGCGAGAGGGAUGGAACGAGAGAAGGAGUGA